AUGGGCCAGAUCUGGCCGAUCUGCAUCCCACCACCGCUGCACCAAAUAGGAGUCACCAGAGGCCAGCACGCCACCGACCCGACCAGGGACGUGUCCCACAAGCAUAAUGACAUGGAUGAUAAAGGCAACGAUGGCAAAAACUUGGGUGAUACAGGCAAGGAUGACAAGGACAUGGGUCAUAGAGGCAACGAAGGCAAAGGCAUGGAUGAUAAGGAAAAUGAUUUCGUAGCCAUGGACCCCAAAGGAAUGGAUGGUAUGUGCAUGGAUGAUAAGGAUAAUGAGGAUGCAGGCAAGGAUGGCAUAGACAUGGAUGAUGUACACAUGCAAGGUAAAGGAAUUGAUAAUAAAGGCAUGUCUCGUUCAAACCUGAAUGAGUGUACGGAAUACUUAGAGAUUGUGAAGAAGACGUUCAGGACUGAGGAAGAAGCCUACAUGUUCUACGUUGAGCUACAAGAUAGCAGUGGCCUCUGGUUCGUCAAGAACUUUGUGGACAAGCAUAACCAUCUAUUUGUCCCUGCUGACCUGACUCCGUACUUAUCGGCUCAUCAUAGAAUGACUGACGCACAAAAGGCCGAUGUCAUCGAGUAUGUUGUCGGUGGACUUCGAACACAUCAGAUUAUGAAUGUAAUGGAGAAGAAUGCUGGAGGUCCCGACAAGCUUGGAUUUAUAGAUCGAGAUCUAUACAACCAUGUUUCAAUCCAGAAGAAGCGCAAGAUACAAGGCAGUGACGCUAGAUAUUUGCUCACCUAUAUGAUUGCACAGAAAAAAGAAGACCCAAAAUUCUUUUUCAAAUACACAAAAGACAGCGAAGGCCAUUUGAGGAACAUAUUCUGGGCUGAUUCACAAUCCCGGAUUGACUAUGUUUCCUUUGGUGGUGUCGUGGUGUUUGACAGUACAUAUCGGUCUAACAAGUACAGGCUUCCGUUUGUUCCAUUUGUUGGUCUGAACCAUCACUGCAGCACAGUUUUGUUUGGGGUUGGUCUAGUGUCAGACGAGACAGUUGCAUCAUACCAGUGGCUUCUUCAUGUAUUUUUGGAGGCAAUGUCCCAGACGGCACCCAUUUCAGCAAUCACCGAUGGGGAUGGUUCGAUGGCUAAAGCAAUAGCUACUGUCUGGACCGGAACAGAUCAUCGUUUGUGCACGUGA